CAAAUAAUAACAAGCUAAAUACAACAUCAUGCAGCGUUUAUACAGCAUGCGCGUGCAACUGCUGCAAUCUAUGAUUAACAAACUACGUGAUCGAUGUCUGGCAAGAAAAGCUUAUGUCUCACCGCGGCAUAGCGCAUCUAUGCCUUUAAACAAACGUGAUGAGAAAGCUGAUAGCCAGUUGAAGGCCGAUAUGUGGAGCCACUGCGCCAGGACGACGCAAGAUCUAUUACAUCGGCUGCGUACCAAUAUGAAAUCCAUCCGAUUAGUGGUAAUUGACUAUGCUGGCUUUUCAACUGAUUUUGGUGAUGUACAAUUUUUGUUCAACGCGUACAAGCAAGCUGUGGAGAUUGUGGUGGAUAUAGAAUUUUCGUUUGAUAUGACUUCAAGAUCUGAUAUAUUGAAUGACAACGGCGUAUCCAACAAGUUCAACUGUCGCAUUGGUCAACGGAAGCGUAGCCGAAGUUUGAUUACCAAUUAAUAUUCUUGUGUUCAGCUUAUUCCUCUACUUCUUCAUACUCUUUCUAUCCAUGUCCCAUACGCUUACGUUGUCCAUGUAGGUACUGUACGUACGUGUACAUAUUAUGACUUAUCAUAUACCUUUGCCUUUCCAAUUCUACUCAGUUGGCCUUUUGCUAUUGUUAAUUGUGUAGAUUGGUUCCUCCGUAUAUCUAUAGAUUCUUCCAUAACUCUUGAAUAAACCAAUAUCAUCUCUUUUCUAAAGUUUGGGAAACGCUGAACG